CGUGUAACCACGGAGACCCUGCCUCUUUAACACCUCUGUUUUGAUAAAGGCAGCAUCGGUCUGCCGAUUGUUCAAACAACCCAGAGCGUCUCCAUCAUCACUCACAGAGGAACAUCUGGUCAUCAUGAAGGCUGUUAACAUCCUCCUGCUCUGCAUCCUGGGAGCAGCUCUGCUGUCCACAGUCCUCUGCAACAGUUCAAAUGGUCCUGAUGAAUGCUGCUUUCAAUUCUUCAGAAACCGGUUGAACAAAAACCUCAUCACUUCAUAUUACAGGACUGAUGCUCGCUGUGCCACAAAUGGAGUUAUCCUAAUAACACGCAGGGCACGCCGCAUCUGUGUGGAUUCAAAGGAACAGUGGGUGCAGAAUAUUGUUAAGAGUCUGGAGAUGAAGACCCUGUAAAGGAUCUGCCUGCUGUUCUGCUUUAUCAGAUCAUGUGAAGUGAACUGGCAAUGUGGUCAUGAUUUUGGUAUUAAAGCUUUUCUAUUUCAAGCAAAUAUUUUGCUUUGAAUUUACCAUCCUUGUUUGUUUUUAUAAAGUUUAUUUUAAAAUCUAUUAUGUCUGUAAUGUUAAUUGUAGUCUUUAUUAUAGUGCUACUGUAAUGUAAUGUUUCUUGCUUGCUAAAUGUAAAGAUUGUGCAAUAAAAAUAAACUAUAAAAAUAAA